CCCCCCAACAACGCCUCCUGUUAUUGUUUAUUUCCCCACUCCACUCCACUCCACUUUACUCAUCUUGAUCCUACUCCAACCCACCUCAUUUCUCUCAUUCUGAUCCCUCGCUCAUUCCAUUCAUUCGGCGUCUACUCUGAUUCUCCUUGAUUUCUCAUUCUCAUUCCAAUAUUCACCAGCCAAUCAACAAUGUCAAUCAACGCCACUGCGCCCGCAAAUUCUACCCCAACACAGCGUUCCAGUUCGGACAGUUCCUCUCAGGCACAGACCAGCUCUACUACUAUCUCACCACUCUCUUCCGCCUCAGUGACUUCAGGCACUGCCUCGACUUCCGCAGCCACAGCCGACAAAACCAACCCGCCGUCAACGACCGAGAACUUGUCUUCACCAGCAGAGGCUGUGGAUGCCCUGACAGGGUCACUCUCCAAUCUCAGUGUCAAUGCCUCCUCAGACUCAAAACCAGAAUCAAUUGCUACUGAAAAUGCUGACACCAAGACUAAGCCUACCGUUGAAUCAGACGAAGAGCUUAGCCCAGAAGAGGCUGCCCUGAAGGCCAAAGGGUUGAAGAGCACACAUCGCCCUGGAUUCUAUAUCCACAUCAACUCGCCUAGGAGACUCCGCAUCCAGACAAAAUCAAAGACGUUUGACUUGGAUCGGUAUUGCCCUCAUGCCAAUGCAGAUAUGUUGAAGUGGGUAUGUGCUUUAUAGAAGAACCAGAUGUUUCCAUGUGUUGUUCUCAACCAUGUGUUUAGGAUAUGAAUUAAUAUUGUUAUUUUCUAUGGGCCAUUUUAUUGUAGGGUGUAUUGCGAGCAGAUAUGACACUUCGAUGUGGCGUGCAUUACUGGGGAUUCGAUCUGGUCAAGAACGGACAGUGUAUUGCGCAUCCGGACGAGACGCUUAACGCCUGCCCUGUCGCCGAGGCUGAGUUGGAGUGGUAGUUUUAUAUUUACCAUUGAAAUUGAAUAAAUUGACCAGU